ACAGGCGUCUGUGUGUAUUGAUAUUUUGACAGUGGUUUUUAUCAGUGAGUGCCAGCCGGCAGUAACACACACACACACACACACACACACACAGCCUCUCGGAGCGGCACUAAGAAACACAAUCCUCUCCUGAAGACACACGGCGCUGAAGUGAUUGGUAACCAUGAAGCAGCUUCUGCUCCCAUUUCUGCUCCUCCUGUUUGGAGGUCAAAGGUCGUCUGCGUGCCCGAACCUCUGCUCCUGUCAUGGUGGUCGGGUGGACUGCAGCGGCAAAUAUCUCACCUCCUCCUCGCUGCCAGUCAGUUUCCCUGCCGGCACCACGGAGCUCCAUCUCCACAACAACCAGCUGACCACCCUCCCCAAUGGGCUCCUGGAUGGUUUGACCUCCCUCCGCUCUGUCUCCCUUCACGGUAACCCCUGGGUGUGCGACUGUGGCAUCCUUUACCUGCGAGGCUGGCUGCUGCGUCAGCCCACCACCAACACAGCGCACCUGGGCGUCAACUGCAGCUCCCCUCCACCCAUGAGAGGGCGGCUGGUGGUGUAUCUAACCGAGGAGGAGGUCCUGGAGUCCUGCCACUACUGGUACUGUGACCUGGCUUUGGUGUCGCAGGUGUGCCUGUUUGUGUUCGUGGUGCUGCAGGCGGCUCUGCUGGUGGCUCUCGUUGUGUUCCUGAAGAGGUUCGAGAGGCUGUCCAAGGUGGCGAGGAGAACCACAGAGGAGAGCUUCAUGGCCGGGGACAAUCUGAGGGAGAACGAGUACGCUCCUUUAAAAGACAGUGACAUCUGAGACAGACAGUGACUGCUGGACACCACAGAAUAAAAAGAGCUUUUUAUCAUCAGAGAAAAUGUUGGUCACACACUUUUUAGUUUCAGACAAUCAUUUCAAAGUAAAUUUUUAUGCACAAGCAGGUGACAAAUUAAAAGAAAACCAGAAUUAAUAAGUAGAGAAAAAGUGCAGAUGCUUCCUUACAGGGCACAAAUGGGAUGAUUUGAUAAAUUUGAAAAUAAUGCGAAUCAACAGGAGAUCUGAACACUGAAGCUGUUCUGGCAGCUUGUGAUGGAUCGACACUUUCCUAAGACACUUUAUGUUGGUUCCUUCUUUAAUUUCUCACCAAUGUAUGUCACUUAUAUAUUCAGGAAGAAAAGGAGAGGAGCUGUUAAAUGCAGAGAAAGUGAUAAAAUGUGGAUGCUGCCCAUAGAAGAGUGCCCAGCUUGAAACACAAUAACUGCUGAUCUGUGUUCAUCGUGCACAAAGAGAACAUAGUAACUUUUCUCUCCUUUCUGCAUUUGACAGCUCCCCUCCUUGUUUCAGUGAUAACAUUUUUGUGGUGUCAUGUGUUAUCAUUGACCACUUGGGACAACCUUUUCCUCUGUUUCCUGUGCAUUAUUCAUUUCAUAACAUUAAUGAGGAUAAUAUGGAUCAGGAUCCUUUCAGUUUGGUUGAUCAGAAAGUUACCAUCAACGUAUCUUUGGCAUUUCAGAACUUCAGUUUCUUGUUACUUAUUGGCCAAAAUAAAGUAUUUGCCAGUUCCAAUGGGUUUAUCUAAUAACCUGAUAUCACUUGAUAAUAUUUGUUACUGGGCCUGUAGUCAAGUCAAGUUAGUUUUAUUCAAAUAAGCCAAUAUAACAAACCCCAAAAGUACCAUUUUUAUAUCUGUGUGAUAUCUGGCAAUUAUACAUGUUUUUUUUUUGUAACGGAAUGAUCAUUUUUUAAAAUUUAUAUUAAUAUAUUGUGCAAUUUGAUUGGGCCAUGUUUAUGUUAGUCCCAUAUAUAUUUUUAGAUGUUUAUGUUGAUUUUCAUACUGUAAAUGUAUUUGCAAUAAUACACUCAUAAUCUGUUUACCACUUUGGAAUAAAUUAAUAAAGCCAUUUAACCGAAAAGUGA